AUGGAUGCUAGGCUUCUGGAGGCAAUUAGGGCAAAUGACAUCACCACAAUGAUCAGUUUAUUUCAAGCAAAUGAAGGAAUUCUUGAACAGAAAACGGCCGACUCCAUGGACACAGCACUACACCUUGCUUCAAGGCUUGGGCAUGUUGACAUGGCGUCGGAAAUCGUUAAGCUGUGCCCGGACAUGGCUGCAGCCGAGAACAAGAUGCUCGAGACACCGAUAUACGACGCUUGCCGCCAAGGGAGUGCCGAGGUGUUGAAGGUGCUUUUAGAGGCCGAUCCCAGGGCUGCUGGUAAGCUCAACUCCAAAAACAAGAGUCCCCUUUUCAUGGCUUGCAGCCAUGGGAAUUUUGACGUGGUGAAUCUCCUCUUAAACCACCCUGGAGUGUUGCUUGGUUUAGAGGAAACUCAUGCAUUCGAUCGAACUUGUAUUCAUGUGGCUGCAUCCAGAGGGCAUGUGGAUGUUGUCAGAGAAUUAGUAAAUAUGCGUCCCGACUUUCUUCAAACGAUUGACGAGAACGGAAACUCGCCAUUGCACCAUGCUUGUAUCCAUGGACACAGGGAUAUAGCCAGGAUGCUUGUGAGGCGUGACACAAGCCUUGCUCUGCAAUACAACAACAAUGGCUACACACCAUUGCACAUGGCAUCAAUGAAAGGCAAAGUUUCAGUCCUUGAGGAGUUUGUGCUGAUGGCUCCUGAGUCUUUCCACUAUGCUACUAAUGAAGGGGAGACAAUCUUUCAUCUGGCUGUGAGAUAUGGGCAAUACCAGGCUCUAGUGUUCUUGUUGAAUGCCUACAACGGCUCAAAUCUUAUUCAUCGUCAAGAUCAAUAUGGUAACACGAUUUUGCAUCUUGCUGUUUCUGGUGGGCGUCAUCAGAUAGCAGAGUACUUGGUCAACAAAACAAAAGUGGAGAUUAAUGUUCGAACAUGUAAAGGACUCACUGCACUCGACAUCCUCGACCAGACAAAGAACAGUGCAGAGACAAGGCAUCUUGAAGCCCAGUUCGUUAAAGCCGGUGGUAGAAGAAGCAAUGAUAUUCAACCGCCAAUCAUAUCUAAGAAUUCUUCAUGGCCGGCUUGCAUCGGCGAUGAACUGAAUAUCUCCAAUAUUAUGAAUGAAAAAGGCUCGCCGGGAUUCAGCAAGGGAAGCAACUCUCGAACGCCGUCGCAGCGACGCCAGGAAAAUAAAUGUGAGGUUUACAGUAGACAUCGGAAUAAGAAGCAGGAGAUACACAUGGAAGCAUUACAGAAUGCUAGGAACACCAUAACACUAGUCGCCAUUUUGAUUGCAACGGUUACUUUUUCUGCCGGAAUUAGUCCUCCGGGUGGUGUGGAUCAGGAAGGAAAAAUGAAAGGGAAGUCACCGGCAGGGAGAUCAACGGCUUUCAAGGUGUUUGCAAUAAGCAACAACAUUGCAUUGUUCACCUCUCUCUCCAUAGUUGUGGUUCUUGUCAGCAUCAUCCCUUUUCGCAGAAAGGCACAGAUGAGGCUGUUGAUGGUUGCUCACAAGGUGAUGUGGGUGUCUGUGGCGUUCAUGGCGACGGCUUAUGUUGCAGCCACAUGGGUGGUCGUGCCACACAGUCAGGGGAGUGAUUGGUUGUUUGUGACGCUACUAGCCGUUAGCAGCGGCUCCCUGGGUUUGAUUUUUAUUGGUCUAGGUGUGAUGUUGGUUGAGCAUUGGCUGCGGAAAAUAAAGUGGAGAAAACUGAGGAAGGAUGGAAGGGCGGGGAUUGCAGAUCCUGAUUUGGAAAGUCAGAAUUCAGAUGUUGAGAGCUCAUACAUGCAAGGAUAUCACUCAUACUGA